AGCCGAAAUUGAUGAUCACAUGGUAAAAAAUAAUACUAAUUAUGCAACGGAAGCACAGAAUAUCAUCUCCAUAAUUAAUAAUAUGCCUGGGAAAUAUAACGAAGUCAAACAAGCUCUAGAAACCUACUCGCUUUGGGCAAUCUACAGUAAAAAAAUUUUUAUAAUAGAAGUAGUGAUUGUAAAGCUAGCAGGAGUAGGGAAAGGAAAAGCCAUUACUUCGCAAUGUGAAAGGGACUAG